UUUUCUUAAAAGAAAAGGCGGGAAAAGGACAUUUCACCGAGACGUAUGUAUUAUUUUCAACCCGGCGUGAAACAGCAACUUCCAGGGGUGUCCAUUUCUCGUCCUCCGAAGAAACUUUCUUCGCGCACUUUCUCGGGCGCCUCGACCGCCACUGCCGAUCGACACCCCGGUGUCUUCAAAAGCCGUCGAAGCUCGUCUCGUCGUUUCAUCGCUUCCGCCAAAAACUCUCGCGUUUUCCACCAUUUCACCUAGAAAUGAAGAGCUCCGCUGUGACGGCAGCUCACUGCCAAGCUGCGCCGGCUGCGGCGGCAAGCAUCAAACCUUCGCGCCCGGUGGAGACGGCGUACCUGCAAGGUCAGCCAGGCACGCCUUUUCCCGUCAUUCGUGGAAUUGGCUGGUCUGAAGACCAAGGCAGGCGACCCGACAUGGAAGACGGAAUGGUCGCGAUUUCGAAUUUGGCAGGUGUCGCGAACGCCUGGCUUCUUGGAAUCUACGACGGCCACGGGGGUCGACAAACGGUGGAGAUGCUGCUGCAGAAGAUCCACGGCAAUGUUUUGCAGCAUCUGCGAAGCCGAGCAAUCGAACGCUGGCAACGGUAUCGCCAGCGAGCGAUGUCUCGCCUGCAGGACAUUCGCCGGCGCUUGGACGAACUUCACUUCCAGCAACAACUCGCGUGCAGGGACGUUCGAGUACUCAUGCCGCCCACUCAACGGCUAGUUGAGUUAUUGCGGCUCGGGCGGAUUUGCGAAUGGGUGCUUCAGUGCGAAGAACCUUCUCAAGAAGGUCGUACGGAGACUGAGAAGAGCUCUGCAUCAAAGGCUCCCACACCCCCGAGUUUUUUGACGAUCUGCACAGAAGAAGACGUGCACAGAGCUUUGGACGAGGCUUUCGUUCAGACAGACGUCGAAAUUCUUCGUGACCGCGUUUACCAAAGCGGCGCUACCGCGUGCGUGUGUCUGGUUCGGCCAGUUCUACGGCUCGAUCUUCUGCUGGAGAUGCGUCCUGAAGAGAUCUCGGAUGCAGACUGGGCUUGGUUUUCCGUGGAGCGUCAAAAACCCAACGUCAUCCCUGCGUCCACCCCGUCUCGGCAUGCCAUUGUCCAAGCAGACAUAACAGUUGCGCACCUGGGCGACAGCCGCGCCGUUCUCGCUUACACGGACGGCCACGCAGAACGCCUGACGCAUCCCUCGGACCACAAAGCUGGAUGCGAAAGAGACGCUCGUCGUGUGGAAUCUCUAGGCGGUUGGGUCUUCGGCGAGCGCGUCAACGGAAUGCUGGCAAUAGGACGAGCGUUCGGAGAUUGGUCCCUCAAGUUGCCCCCAGGAAAGGCGAAUCCCCCUUACUCACCUACAAGCGGAGCAUUCGAUCGGCUCCUCAAUAUCUUCGGGACGUCUCCAUCGCACGCUGCAGAACAGGCGGCCGCCGAGCGAAAAGAGUACGUGGUCAGCAACGCGCCAGAUGUACGGAGUGUCAGUCUGACUCCUGAAAGGCCUGCACAGGUACCUGGAGGAAUACGUCGGAAUUCCCCGUCUUCCAGAGCAUCUGAGUCCCAGACAGCGAUGUCAGGACAAGAAACCGGAGCGGGUCGCGUACCUGGGCUGCUCGUCCUCGGCUGUGACGGCUUGUUCGAUGUCUGCUCGGACCAAGUCGUUGCCCACCUAGCCCUGGAAUUCCUAAGACAGUUAGUCGCCGUUCACCCGGACAUGUCACCGUGUGAAGCGGCCAAGGCAACAGCCAGGAUGCUCAUUGAAGAAGCCAUCGGCGUGCGGGGCAGCACUGAUAACGUGUCUGUGAUGGUUGCCCUCUUUCAUUCCUUUGGAUUCUCGGGGCGCGAUGGGGUGACUCCUUCACCUCAGGCUUGCAAUCCUCCUUCGGUUGUUCAGUUCUCAUCGCUCUCUGAUGGAGUGCCAUGUCCUGUCUUCGUUGGAAGAGAUCAACUGGGCUGCCCUGCAGAAGCAGUGGCUCGCGACGCUUUAGCAGCUGCGACACCACGGAAUGCAAGAUGCUUUUCUGGAGGCACCAGCUUCGGUCAAUUCGAGGGAGGGCAUGAUUAUGCCGCACGCGUCGCUCCCCCUGGCUUGGACGCAGGCAGCUGGGCAGAACGGUGGCUACCCAAGGGGCUAGCGGAGGGUCUUCAAGAAGCAUCACACCGCUUAGCAGCGGUUAUGCAGCAUUAGCCUUUUUAGACAGGCGUCCCUCCCACGUGCGACGACGGAAUGAAAAGGAAGUGUAGGAAAAACCGGAAAGAACCUGCCGUGUCUCCACGACGGACUAUGUUCCACAGCAUAUCAUUUUGCCACCCCGGAGCAGCUCUCCGGACUUGCACCGUCACACUGAGGUCAUUCCGUUUUGUAAAUGAAAGCUGGCAAAAUCUGCCCAAGCACCAGAGCAUACUCGCUUCAUUUUAACACCUCCCUCGUUCUUGCUAUGGAGAGGCCUUGCGUGUAAUAUAUGAAAGUGCCCAUCUGUUGGUUUUUCAAGUACUGUGUUUUCUCAGCUGCAUUUCAUUCCCAACUCCCUGAAUUUAAGGUAAAAUCUCGCAGCGCCUGCAACGCCACGAGUACCGACGUGUCGAUAAACAACCCACAAACCCACGAUGGCAGCAGAAUGGCUGCUACCUCCAGACAGCUGCAAAAACAAGUCUUGAUC